UUCUAAAAAAAUACUAUCCCCAUCAUCCAUUGCCGUCCCCCGACCUUGUUCCUCCCCUCUUCCGCGUGCCCCGCAUCCCCGGCUUCCGCCAUCUCCCAACGAAGCUUUCCCCCUGGCCGCGCCGUCGCACGCAUGCCCAAGCCUCCCGCGACCCGAACUCGUGGGCUCGAAUUCCCUCUUGUGUCGUGGCCCGCCGCCUCCUGCGCGCUGCCGCUGGCCCUGGGUGCGCCGAUCGAUCCGGACUUGGAAUGAUACAUCCAGACCUAGUGGAUCGAUUCAAAAUAUCUCUGACUCUCUCCUCCCUUGGUCUUCCUUCCCUGGCGGCAACGACUGGGCGAGCGGCGGCGCCAUUCCUCACGUCUUCGCCCAGGCCUUUGCCGGCGACGAGCAUCCACCAGGUAGUGGAAUUGAACUGUUCUUGAGGCUGCAGUUAGAGUUUCUGGUAGUGUAAUCUACAUAUUGAUGUCCGUGGCAAUGCGAUAAGGAUUUGUCUGGGUAAGAUACAGAAAGAUGGGUGACGGGGUGGCUUUUGAGGCGGCACGGAAGAUUAUUAUGCACCCGCUUUAUGCGCCAAGGUCUUCACCUUGGCUUGACUUGAAGGUGUUCUAUAUUAGGGUGAGCAACUGUGUGGUGGAUGAAUCUGCACCAGAGCAUCUCACGCUCAACCACAUCCCUUUGUCACCAGAUACAGUUAUUGAGGUGAAUGGCCAGCGGAGCAGCAUGCACACGGAGUUCAUAUCCUCGUCACUCAGAAGAGACAGGGUUGACAAGAAGACUGAGGAAGCUACAUUUGUGAGCACAGAUAAUAUACGGAUGACAGGGAGUGUGAGGUUCCAGGUGCUUGAUAAGAAUGAUCUCUUGCUCACAGGAGAUCUAGACUUAUGCAAUGCCAAUGGAGUAGUUGGGGAGACAAAGAACAGUGGCAAGAAAUGGAAUAUGAAGUGUCAAUCAUCAACAUCAUGUAAUGGCUUCUUGAAGGGAAAACUGUCCACAGGCUUGGAAUAUGUACAGCCAGCCAUUGAGGUUUAUGUUGCUGGCACUUUCUCUGGCACACCUAUCAUACUAACAAAGACGAUCCAGCUUAUAUCACGAAGGAAGUCUGAAAUGAAACUAAAGCUUGAUUCCAUCCCUGAGAAUGAGGCAACUGAACAACAGAAAGAAGAGUCAGCUGAAGACUCUUUGAAGGUAUCAGAAUUCCAGGAUUCCAAAUCAGAGACGAAUGUGGAUGUUGACUAUAACAGUUUGUACUCAAGGCAGGACUUUAUAGAGGGUGAGGACGGUGAGCUUUCAUGGUUUAAUGCCGGUGUCCGUGUCGGAGUUGGAAUUGGCCUUGGCGUUUGUGUGGGUAUCGGAUUGGGUGUCGGCCUGCUGGUCCGUACAUACCAAAGCACCAGUAGGAACUUCAGGCGGCGACUGCCCUGAUCCGUCAAAUGAUCCCCUUCAGGCGGCGAUUGCCCUGAUCCGUCAAAUGAUCCCCAUGAGUGUAGAUUUGUAUCUACCUUGGUCUUGUAGGAAGCUAACUGUCCACUUUUCCUGUCCAUGCUAUAGAUAUAGAUGAGUGUGGUCUUUUGUUCUUCCCUUUCUGCAGCCUCUCUGGGUAUCUGAUGCUUUCUUGCUUGCAAUGCCAAUCAUUUUUGCCCCUUCGAUGUAAAUAUGAGUCCAGUCAAAAUAAGAGUGAAGUCACUUACUGUUAUUGUGAACAUCCAAUGGUUGUCUCUGCAUUCUGGGGUCUUGAAUUAAAUGUGUGGAUGAAGGAACUUAAGCGACCGACAAUUGCUGUGUGGUGUGAAGGUGAUGUUGCACCAAAAAAUUUGUUGAGAGUCAUGUGUCAUCUUGUAAAUAGAACUCGAUUAGGUGACAAGUUAUUUGAGUCAGGUUUUUUUUGCAGCUUUUUC